AUGUUGGAAAAAAAAGAAGAAACAAACACUGUCGAAAGAGCUCUGCAUUUUUUAUUUAAUUUAUAAAAUGCAAAUUGGUAAAAAAAAGCAAUUUUUUGCCUUUUUGGUAAAAAAUUAUUUAAGCUUAUCUAUUUGUUAACGAAUGUUGAAAAUCAAUUCAAGUCAACAAAGUCCAUCAGUUUUGUCUCCCACUCAACAAUAAUAAUAACCUGUUUUUGUUAUAAUAAUAUUGUUUUUUUUUGUUAUCAAUUUUAUUGAGAUUAUAACGUAUUUAUUGAAAAAGAAAUUUUUAAUUUAUUAGUAUCUAAAAAAAAAAAAAAAAAUAAACAACAAUUGCCAAUUUUUUUCUGAAUUAAUAUAAGAAUAUUUUUUUAUUGUAAAUAACAAAAUAAUUGUCCAUGUAAAAAUCGAUAAAUGUUAAUAAUUAAAAGGCCUAAUUAAAUACCUUAUAUAGAAGCAUUUAAAAUAUUUUAAGUUAAUAUUACUAUUGUAUAAAAACCUAUUAUAAAUUGACUUGUUGAACUGAGAAGUUAAAUUUUUGAUAAUUUAAUUAAUUAAUUUAUUGAAAAAUAGAAAAUCAAUAACACUGAUAAGUUAAGUUAAGUCUUAUUUUUUGCCUCAGAAAAAAAUGAAAAAAAAAAAAAAAAUUUAAUAAUUCAUAUUCAACGGACGUCAUAGAACUCAUAUUUUAAAAUAAUAUUAUUAGACAAUUGAAGUUUGUGAAUUAUAUAUUCAAUAGUCAUUCAGGGGUGAGAAAGGAAUUGACCCGGAAUGAACUUAUUAUGCUCAUUUGAAUGAUAAUAAUAUUGGGCUUGGUCGAGGCUACUAGAAAUUUUUUUGAAAAUGUUUAAAUAAAAAAAAAAAUUAAUUAAAAUACAAAUGAAUAAAAAAAAAAAAAAUCUGCAUUUCAAAUUUGUUUGUUUGUCGAAGGUUAUCUGUUUAUCUGUUUACAAAUAAAUUUAUUAAACUUUUUAAAUAAAAUAUACAAUUGGCUAUCUAUAGAGUGUAAAAUAAAUAUGCUAGUCACAAGAAUAAUUACGAAGUUCACCUUACAAAAAAAAAGAAAAAAGAACAAUAGUAUUUCUUGGUGGUUAGGCUUUGACCUCCAAUGGCUUAUUCGUUUUUAAUUUUUUCAAUUUUGACGUGGUAACAAACGGCCAGAGCAUUUACUCAGUCGUUGAUUGUUCGUCAACGAAAUUACUUCAAUCAAUAAAUAACUCUCUCUAGAUGACUUGCUAAUAAUUAUUUAAGAUUAUUAUUAUUUUUUUUUUUUUACUAAUUUAUCACAAAAAUUUUACUGAUUAAUUUUGUUUAGUUUACUAAAUUUAAAUUGAAAAAAUUAUAAACAAAUUUGUCAUUAUGGAAAAAGAAGUUAAUACAAUACCAGUUGAUUCGUCAAAUGAAAUCAGUCACGUUGCAGAUUUUUUUACUGGAUGUAAUAUUCUUAUUACUGGUGGAUCUGGUUUUGUUGGAAAGCUACUAGUUGAAAAAUUAUUACGUUCAUGUCCAAAUCUCAAUAAAAUAUAUCUACUCACAAGACCAAAAAAAGGUAAAUCAUCGAGCGAACGUUACAAAGAACAAUUUGAAGAUGUUGUUUAUGAUAGAUUAAAAUUAGAACAACCAGAUUUUGCAAGUAAAGUUGUAUUGGUUGAGGGCCAACUUGGUGAAAUUGGAUGGAAAAUGUCACAAGAUGAUCGUGAUUUACUUAAAAAUUCACAUAUUGUUUUUCACGCUGCUGCAACAGUUCGUUUUGAUGAAAAAUUACGAUAUGCUGUCGAUAUUAAUAUUCGAGGAACGAAAGAGUUACUUUUGUUUGCACGUGAAAUGCCUCAACUUAAGGCAUUUGUUCAUAUUGGUACAGCUUUUUCACAUUGUGUAUCUAAAGUGAUUGAUGAAGUUUUUUACAAGCCACCAGUUGGUUGUGAUGAGUUAUUGAAAUUAGUAGAUAUUCUUGAUGAUUCUACACUAGAAAAUAUCACUCCUGGAAUAAUUGGUAAAUGGCCUAAUACAUAUGCUUUUACAAAAACAAUUGGUGAGGAUGUCAUUAAAAAACACAGCAAUAAUUUGCCUGUUUGCAUUGUUCGUCCAUCAAUUAUGAUACCAACAUCCGAAGAACCAGUCUGUGGUUGGAUAAAUAAUCUUUAUGGGGCAACUGGUGUUGUUUUUGGUGCUGGUAUUGGAGUAAUUCGAACACUUCAUUGCAAAAUUGAAAAUGUAGCUGAUAUCAUACCAGCUGAUUAUGUCAUCAACAAUAUUAUUGUUGCAGCAUGGGACAUCCAUAAUCAGCAUUCAAUGAAAUCACUUGAAUUUACUGAGAUCAAGUCAAUUGAUGAUAAUGAAAAUGAUCAAGUUGCUGAUGUUGACAUUGAACCACCAAUUUAUAAUAGUGUUUCAUCUUGUCAAAAUCCAAUCACUUGGGGAGAAUACAUGAAAUACAAUGAAGUUUAUGGACUGAAUAUCCCAAGUGCUUUGUCAGUAUGGUAUUACUGUUUUACUUUAAAUAGAUACCUUUGGCUUCAUAAUAUAUAUGUUAUUUUUACUCACCUUCUACCAGCAAUCAUCAUUGAUACACUUGCAAGAUUAACAGGAAGAAAACCAAUGCUACUUGAUACAUAUAAAAAAAUUCAUAAAUUUAGCGGUGUUAUAUCGUAUUUUUGUACUCAACAAUGGCAAUUUCGUAAUGAUAAUGUCAUGAAGUUAUGGAAAAAGUUACCAUCAAAAGAUCGUAAAAUAUUUUACUUUAAUCUUGGCGAAUUGAGCUGGCCAUCAUAUUUUAAGAAACAUAUUCUUGGAGUUCGUUUGUAUCUUUUAAAUGAUCCAGCUGAAACAAUACCUGCCGCACUGAUAAAAUAUAAAAGAUUGAAAUACGCACAUUAUGGUUUAAUGACUGUUGUAUAUAUUUUUGGUAUAUGGUUGGGCUAUCAUAUUUUACGUUUUUAUAUUUCUAUUCUUAAUUAUAUAUUUUUUUAAAUAUGCAUACUAUCAAUUAUAUUAUUUGUUAUAAUGAUUAUCCCAUUAGAUUCUUGAUAAUUAUUAAAAUAUAUGAAAUUAUAAAAAAAAAAAAAAAUUUAGUGAAAUCUUUUUGAAGGGUAAAAGAAAGUGACAAAACAAGGUUUUUUUUUUUUUUUUUUGUCGUGUAAAUUUUGUUUGCGUGGGUGUGUCAUGAAUUUAGCAUACUUUUUACGAAACAUUUAUUAUUUGUUUCUUUAUUAUUCACAACCCACUGUUGGGCAAAAUAAAUAAAUAAAAUGACAAUUUUGUAACCAAAAACCUAUAUUUUUGAGCUUAAAUUUUCAGGAAACGUUUGAACCAAAAAUCCUGGUUAGUAUGUAGACAAG